GCUGAGGGGACCAAAGAAGGAGCAGCUGAAUUCGUCUGUCAGGUCUGCCAGGGUAGCUGCACGAGUGCCUAGUACUGCAAGCUGGGCCAACUCCCAUGUGCCGGUGAUCAAAGAAUGCGAACAUGUGCAUCGUCCUGCACGUUGGCUCAAUGUGCUGUGUUCCGCAAAUAGGAGCUCGGGCGGCGCAUUAUCAAAGACAUAGUGCAAGCGCUGUUUGGUAGUCUGAAGAACCCUGGAAGAGUCUGCUUUGGAUAGUUCUCAAAAGCUCAGGGCACAUGAGGCAACUUUGGAGUAUCUGAGCGCGCGUUUAAAUUAGAUGUUGCCCAUAGAAAUUCAAUUUCAUCUUGCUGUUAGCUUUUGCGCAAGCUCCCCAAAUCUUCCACUUUACCUAUCUUUGGCAUGAAAAGUUUCUGAAAGCAGAGGGUCACUGCGUGUAUUUUGGCCCGCUUCCGCUAUGGCGAGGCCAAUUGCUGGGGGACUAUUCCACAAGUCCAAAACUUUGAACGACAAAUAUCUCCUUGGGGACGAGAUUGGAAAAGGUGCUUAUGGCCGCGUCUACAAGGGCGUUGACUUGCAGAAUGGCGACUUUGUCGCCAUCAAGCAGGUCUCCUUAGAAAACAUUCUUACGGAAGAUCUCCACAGCAUCAUGCUGGAGAUCGACCUACUCAAGAACUUGAACCACAAGAACAUCGUGAAGUACCGGGGAUCGUUCAAGACGAAAUCGCAUCUGUACAUCAUUCUCGAGUAUGUUGAGAAUGGCGCCCUCGCCAGCAUCAUCAAACCGAACAAGUUUGGGGCGUUUCCAGAGUCCCUUACGGCUGUAUACAUUGCGCAAGUCUUGGAAGGGCUUGUUUACCUCCACGAGCAGGGAGUCAUCCAUCGAGACAUCAAAGGGGCCAAUAUCUUGACAACCAAGGAGGGCUUGGUAAAGCUGGCCGACUUUGGUGUUGCGACCAAGCUGAAUGAGGCAGACGCGGACACACGGUCGGUUGUGGGCACACCCUACUGGAUGGCACCAGAGGUGAUUGAAAUGUCGGGCGUAACUGCGUCCUCCGACAUCUGGAGCGUCGGGUGCACUGUCAUCGAGCUCAUGACCUGCUCGCCCCCCUACUACGACCUCCAGCCCAUGCCCGCACUCUUCCGCAUCGUCCAAGACGACCGGCCCCCGUUUCCAGACGGCCUCUCGGCUCUGCUGGUCGAUUUCCUCACACUCUGCUUUCAGAAGGAUCCGAAGCUGCGCCCCGAUGCCAAGCAGCUUCUGAAGCACCAGUGGAUCCGCAACUCGCGUCGGCAGAUGCAGAGCUCGUGGAAGGACAGCGCUGGCAAGAUCAGCAGCAUCAGCCAGGACGUGGCCGCGGUCGUCGUGCGCUCGAUCGAGCAGGACGGACAUGAGGUAACGUCAGCACCGCCGCUGGACCUCGAAAACGAUCCGCUCGUCCGGGACCCGUUCGAGUCCGAGUCGGAGGACGAGCGCCCGCCUCACAGCCCGUCGAUGUCGUCCCCUUCAGGGAGCGCCGCGGCGGUGGAAAAGAACAAGCCGAUUAGGAUCAGUAGGCAGAGCCUCGACCGGGGUCUUUUGACUUCCGGGGAUCUCGGGCGGCCCCCGAAGCCGAGCGAGAUCGUGGGAAGCGUGUUUGACUCGCCGCGGCCGUUGACCCCGGGGGAGUCCAUCCCCGGGGGUGAGAUCGAGAUGGACGGGUGGGGGGAUCAGGGCGGUAGAAGCGCUCGGGGGCUUGCGCAGCACCCAGACGAUCGGCCGUCGACGUCGGGGCUGCAGGUUACGUCGCCACGGAGGCGAGGGCAGCCGCGGGCGGCCAAUCGGAAGGAAGAGCGGGAGAUUGCAGCGGUUAUCGAGGGGCGGCGGCUGUCUCAAGAAGGGGACCUCGAAGCGGAGGACGAGGGGGCUACGCAAGUGGACGAGAUCGAGGGGCUGGGGGGGAAACUAGAGGGGCGGGAAAAUUACCCGAAGCAGGUCGCCGAGAUGACGAAACUGCUGGGGGUGUUGAAACCGGACCGGAAGGAGGACGCUAUCCUGCAGGCGGCCGACCGGCUGUGCAUCCUCUUCCGGGAGUACCCGGAGCAGAAGACACAGCUGAUCGGGCAGUAUGGGGUGACGCCAGUCAUGGAGAUGCUGGAAGUGUCAAGCACCCAGGCGGUGUACGCGGUGCUGUACGUGCUGAACCAGCUGAUCGAGGGGAACUCGGAGUAUCUAGAGCAGCUGUGCCUGGUGGGGGCCGUGCCGCUCGUGCUGCGGUUCUCGGUCCCGGAGGCACCCCGGCUAAUCCGGAUGCAGGCGGUGCUGUUCGUGAGGGAGGUGACGCAUGCGGGCGGAAUGACGUUACAGAUGCUGGUCGCGUGCGGGGGCCUGCCGGUGCUCGUCGCGUUUCUGGAGGGAGACUACAACGACAACAAGGAGAUUGUCUUCAUGGCAAUCGACGGCAUCUGCAAGGUGUUUGAGCUCAAGAGCCCCACCCCCAAGAACGACUUCUGCCGCCUCUUCGCCAAGUGCGGCGCCCUCGACCGCCUCGUCUCCGCGCUCUCCAGCACCAACGACGAGGCGCAACGUGUAAAGACGUCAGUAGGCCUCUCCCCUCGGGAGCGCGCCAGCGUGCACGCACGCAACCUGAGCGGGGACUCCGCCGGGCCGUUCCACCGACUGGACGGGUUCGAGCUCAGUCGCAGCGGGCUGGGGCGCCUGGAAGGCGCCGACCUCCGGGGGGGGGGGUUCCCGUCACCUAACGGCUCGACUGCCAGCCGCGCACCCCUGCUGGGCGCCGGCCACUCCGCAACUAGCAGCGCGAGCAGCAUGCCGGGGGGCGGGCACCACCGGUCGACGAGCUCGUUCGGGAAGGGGGGCCGCGGGAGCGGGGGCUCGGCGCAGGUCGAGAAACCGUACGGGGUCACGCCGAACCCCGCGGAGGCGUGGGCGGCCGCGGAGACGGCGCGGGGGUACGUGGCGAAGCUGGCGAACCUGCUGCUGGUGUUCUCGCACGCGGACUCGCUGGUCAAGGGCUUCAUGUGCAGCCUGCAGCUGCUGCACCGUCUGUUCAAGAUGAUGGAGCGGCUGGAGCAGCCAAUCCUGGUCAAGAUGCUCCGGUGCAUCAAGAACCUGUCGGAGGACGCCAACACGCUGGAGCCCCUGCAGCGAGCGGGCGCUAUCCCCUGUCUAGUUCCGAUCCUUGCGCGCAAGGAAGGGCCCUUUCUGGCGGACAUGCAGAACCAGGUCCUGAGCGCGCUGUACAACCUGUGUAAAAUCAACAAGACGCGGCAGGAGCAAGCCGCGGUCGCGGGCAUCAUCCCCCCCCUGCUGGCUCUCAUCCGGAACGGCUCCCCCCUGAAACAAUACGCUCUGCCCCUCGUGUGCGACAUGGCGCAUGCGUCCCGGCGCACGCGUGCGGAGCUCUGGAAGAACAAGGGCCUCGAGUUCUACCUGGACCUGCUGAAGGACGAGGAGUGGCAGGUCGCGGCGCUCGACUCGAUUGCGAUGUGGCUCGCGCACGACCACGAGCAGCGGAAAGUGGAGCCCGCGCUUCUGGAGAAGGCGAAUGUCCAAAAGCUGGUAGACUUCUUCGGUGUGGCAAGCGGCCCCACCUUCCGGAACAUCCUCGAGCCCUUCCUCAAGAUCGUCACAAAAUCGCCGAAGCUUAACACUGCCUUGGCACUGUCCGGACUGACGGCCCUCCUUGUUUCCCGGCUGGAGCACGGAGACGCUGUGGCCAAGCUAACCCUCUUGAAAAUCAUCAAGGCUGUGUACGAGCACCAUCCAAGGCCGAAGCAGUUUACUGUUGAGCACGAUCUGCCUCGGAAGUUGCAACGGUUGGUGGAAGGGGACAGGGACGGGGAGAUGGUGUUGAACUUUGACUGGGAGGAGACCGCAAAAAGUGUCCCCGGACUCUUAGCUCGUGUCGACGCCCCACUCAGCCCCGCAGCCAAAAGCCGCCGGAGCUCCAUUCCCAGCCUGUCCAACACUCCCCCAUCGUCCCCUCAACACUCCAACCCGCCUCAGUGUAACCACUGUGGGCCCAAUUCCAACCCCCACUCUUCAGAUCAGUGCCCUGGACGCCCGUCCAGAGCCUUCCGCAGCAGCCUGAAGGUCAACAUCAGCGCCAACUCCAGUCGGGACCAGCGAAAGCAAACCCCGGAGCAACGCCGAGAGGCCCAGGCCCACGACAUCGACCAAACCCGACUGCAGCACGCAGUCACAAGGGCGGAUACCCUGUUUGCAGAACACGUAGCCCUGGACGGCACCAAGGCUGUUGAGCGUCACCGCUUCGCAGCCCGGAAGGCCAAGCUCCAACACCGCUACGUCACCACCAAGCAGCGCGGGGUGUUGCAUCAGGGCCCUGUGUACCAGAACCAACCCUUCCCCAAGCGGCCGGAUCACCAGACGUACAAGGGCCGCUACCAGCCGGCCCCAUACCGCCCGCCACAGCUUUUCCCCAAGUACCCGCAGUACCUGCAGUAUCGUCAGCCGUACCCGCAGCCAUUCCAGCCAAGGCCAUCCCGGCACCUGGUUUGGAAGUCCAACAACUACUACGAGCCCCUCACCCAGGGAUAA